AUUUCAGGGGGCGCUGUGCGAGGGUGUCUUCUGCGCCUCUGGCCCGAGAACAGACGGUGGAAACUAAACCAGAGCUAAGGCGCCAAGAGGGCACAGAAGAGCCAUACCACAGCAGCAGAGCUGCGGGCGAGGGUGGGAAGGAAAAGGAGGAGCGACUGAGGGGAGGUCAGGCUCCUUUGUCUUUGCAAAGCGAACAAGGCCUGGGCGGACUGUACUGGGCGGUGCAGGAGGCGGGGUCUGCACGGCGCGGGCGUGGCGGGCCUUAAAAAAAAAAAAAAAAAUCCCUACCUGUCCCGGGUCUGCUGAGCUCAGCUGGAGUUUGCUCCGUGACCCGCCUAAAGGAUCUACGAAUGAAUGAGCCUCCUGUCCGGCUGGGGACCUCGGUGCCCCGCGGGGCUGCUAAUCUCGCGGACGCUCGGGGCAUCAUGGGGCGUGCCGGGUCCUCUUCGCGCAAGCUGGGGCGCGGGGCGGCCCUGGCUCCCGGUGGCCGGAAUCCCGCGGUGUCGGGGGCGGCAGCGGAGGCGAGGGCGAGUGGAAGCCCAGGCGGGUCUCUGGAGAACCGCCCGGCGGCUGAGAACCUGGACUGUGAGCCCUGGGUCAGAGAGAAAGUGCUCUUCCUUCUGCACCCAGAGAGGUGGCUGGGGACUCAACGGGACCUUGCGCGGGAAGAAGUGGCCGGUGGGGACGAUCUUUUCCCGGCGGCCGCAGACGACUGGGAACCCGACGGCCGGUCUCUUUUUCCGCGAGAAAAGCGAGUUUUGGGCAGCCGUGUAGACGCUCCCUUCAGAGCUCUGCCGCGGGACCCUGCAGCCCCACCCAGGUCGGUGCUCGUGCGGAUUGUGGACUAUCAGGCGACAGAAGAAGUCCUGUGGACCGCAUGGAGGAAGGGGCAGAUGACCGCACGGACCGAGGAGCACUCCAUGAGCGCGAUCACUUUUCGCACCAACAGGGAGUGAAGCGCCCUGCUGUGGGCGCCAGGACUGCGGGGGAACCCCGGGCUCUCCCGCAUGGGGAGAGACGUCCGGAGUCCACCUGCGAGGAGAUCACCUCGCGGUCCCCAGGGACUGGAUUGCCAGAGGAUAUAAAACAGGAAAGAGGAGCCUGAGGAAUGCUGCGGGAUGGUGGAUGAGCGCGAAUCCCUAAGCGGAUGCUCUUCCGGGAACGCCAGCCUGUAAUUAGCCGACAGCGAGGACGUUUUAAGAGGCUGGUCAGCGCCGCUGGGAGGCAGGGGACACCCCAGACAGAAUGAAGAACUGUGAGCAACAUAGUACCUCCUUUGUGUCUUAAAUACUGUGACAGUCUGGGGACCUAAGUCAUUGGAAGAGGGGAAGGAAAGGUAUUUUCAAAUUGGUAAAAUGUGGGCCUGUUGAAAUACGAAAAUCUAUUUAUGGUUAA